AUAAUAGUUGCGGUGUGUUUAUUUGAAGCCAAUACGCCAGGCGUAUUGCGACCAGACUAGACUGAUCACCCACAAUCCACCCACUGCUCUCUUCAUGGUGCACAACAGCGGCGUCCGUCACUCUGUGAUUCGCUUAUUUACCGAUUGAUACCAAGUUGUGCACACGUAUCUCGGAUUUUUAUACUAUUAAACUUGAAUUAUUUUUUAUUUAUUAAUUUACAAUGGCUGAUAACAUGAAACAAUACAUUCUGGGAAUGGACAUUGGUACCACUUCAGUAAAAGUAUGCAUUUACGAUUAUCACACUAAAGAAGUGAUUGCUAAUCAAAACAAGGACACAGCAGCUAACAUACCGAGUGACCAGGGAAUUGAAGGCAAUAAGCAAGAUGUGCCAAAAAUAGUAUCAGCUGUUCACUUUUGUGUGUCGCGCCUUCCUCGCGAUCUGUUGAAGCAUGUCACAAAGAUUGGGAUUUGUGGACAAAUGCAUGGAGUUGUAUUGUGGAAAAACGAGGCUUGGGAAAAAAUAGAGAAAGAUGGUGUAGUCAUACGUUUUGAAGGUACUAGAGAAAAUAUGUCUGCUUUAUAUACAUGGCAAGAUACAAGAUGUAAACCAGAGUUUUUAGAGACACUGCCAAAACCAGAUUCUCAUUUAAAGUGUUACUCGGGGUAUGGAUGUGCAACUCUUUUAUGGAUGUUAAAACACAAACCAGAAAAACUAAAGCAAUUUAAGUAUGCCGCUACUGUGCAAGAUUUCAUAGUAACAAUGAUUUGUGACUUAGACACACCAAUUAUGUCUGACCAAAAUGCUGCUAGCUGGGGAUAUUUUAAUACAGAAAAAAAAGAAUGGAACCGAGACAUUUUACAGUCAAUCCAUUUCCCUGUAGAACUUUUGCCUAAAGUUGCCAAAAGUGGUGAGAUUGCUGGAAAAUUAAAUAUGUCUUGGAAUGGCAUUCCUGCUGGUACCCCAGUAGGAGUAGCACUUGGUGAUCUUCAAUGUUCAAUAAUUGCUACACUUGAAGAUUCACAAGAUGCUGUUCUGAAUAUUUCUACAUCAGCACAAUUAGCUUUCGUUGUGGAUAAAAUUUCAAACUUCAGCAGUAAUACUAUUGAGCAUUUACCAUAUAUUAAUGACACUUAUCUCGUUGUUGCUGCAUCCUUGAACGGUGGUAACGUGCUAGCGACCUUUGUGAAAAUGUUGCAGCAAUGGAUGCUUGAAUUUGGUUUUCCUAUACCACAGUCUAAAGUGUGGGAAAAAAUAAUUGCAUUGGGUUUGGAUGCGCAAGAAUUACCAACCAUGAAAAUCAAUCCUCUUUUACUUGGCGAACGGCAUGCUCCAACAAUGAAGGCAAUGGCUGAAAAUAUUGACCUAUCUAACAUUCAACUUGGGUCCGUCUUCAAAUCUCUCUGUGAUGGACUUAUUGAAAAUUUACACUGCAUGAUGCCAAAAGAAAUAUUACAAAGUGCAAACAUUAAAAGAAUCGUUGGCAAUGGUUCUGGCCUUUCCAGAAAUCCUGUGUUACAGAAGGCUGUAGAGCGUUUCUACAAUUUACCUCUAGAAUUUACAUCAGGAGGUGAUGCAGCAAAAGGAGCUGCCAUAGCAGUGAAAUUUUAAAUGUUAAAUGUGUUUUUUUUUUGUAUUAACUGACCACAAAAUUUUGCAGUUCAUUAUUAUGAUAGUAAAAGGAGCCUGCAGACACUUCAGUGUAUGUCUCUUCCCACAUACAGGUAAAAUAUAUCAUAAUGAUGGUGGUCUUCAAGUUUUGUUGUGUAUAAUAUUAUGGAAUUAAAUAUUAUUUAUUUCAUGUCUUUGUUAUUUAAUUCUUAUGCUAUUUAUACAAUAGUAUACUGUCUACUCUAGUGGCUUCUCUAAGCCACACCAUUGACAAUGAUUAUGGGGACAGUGACCACUUAUCUUCUGGUGGAUCUUAUACUAUGGCUAAGAAGUGAUAAUCUUCUACUAGCCUGAAUCUGGACAAAGCU